AUGGGAGUUCUUACAGGUUAUCCUCUUGCAAUAAACGCUACAGAUGUAAAAAUUAAUGAAGUUGACUUUAAUCCCGACUUCAUAUCAAGAAUAAUACCUAAAUUAAAUUGGGAAGUUCUGUGGAGAGCUGCUGAGAGCAUAGGUCACAGUGAAGGUCUACCACAAACAGUUGAACCAAACUAUGAAGAAAACAAAGAAUUCUUGAAAAAGGCCCAUAGAGUUUUAUUAGAAGUUGAAGUUGAAGAAGGAUAUUUAACUUGCCCUGAAUCUGGACGACAAUUUCCUAUAACUAAAGGAAUUCCAAAUAUGCUAUUAACAGAAGCUGAAGUGCAA